AUGGGCAUGUUGUGGAAGGUUAUCACCUCGAGUGAAGUGAAAGAUGUUUUGUUGCACAGCUGCAAGGCCCCAGCAAUGGGCGUGUCUUCCUUUGGUUUUGGCGGCACCAAUACCCACGCGCUGCUGAUGUCCUCACGCCAACCAACGCAGGCGGCCGAGCCGGAGUGGCCUUCCAAAGUGGCCUUCUUGUUCACAGGUCAAGGCAGUCAAUUGCCUGAGAUGGGAGUGAAACUCUACAAAUGCGAUGUGCCUUGGCAGGGUGCGGAUGAAAUCGGAGAGAAUUUCAAAGCGGCCCUAGAUCGCUGCGCACAGAUUCUGGAGGGUCAUCCCUUGUUAGAGCCCACUGGGGACGGGGCCCGGGGUCAGCUGGACACAGUGACACCACAGGACCUGAGGGAUAUCCUCUUUGCCAACGGACCGGAAGCAGCCUUGCGCUACGACCAGUCCACAUCUCUGUCGCAGCUGGCCAUCUUUGCUGUGGAGUAUGCGCUCUCGGAGACCUGGAAAGCGCGUGGCUUGAAGCCCUUUGCCCUGUUGGGCCACAGUGUGGGUGAGUACACAGCCGCUGUGGUUGCGGGCACCAUGUCCUUGGAGGAUGGCUUGCGCUUGGUGGCCAGGCGCGGCGAACUCAUCGACCAGAAGUGCGACAUAGGUGUCGGUGCCAUGGCCUCCAUCUUCGCAUCGCAAGAGCUAGUGCAGAAGGUGGUUGAUGAGGUGCAGAAGGGCCUGAAGGAUCAGAGUGUGGUCAUCGCUGCCAUCAAUGGCCCAGCUCAGACCGUGGUCUCGGGUCACAAGGCUGCCGUGAAGCUGGUUUGCGACAAGGUGGGUGCUCAAAGCAAAGUGUUGAGCAUUCCACACGCCAUGCACUCGCCCCUGAUGGCUCCUAUCCUUCCUGAACUACGCAAAGCAGCAGAGACGUGCGAGCUUAAGCCUCCCAGAAGUGAGCUGCACUUCAUCUCCAGUUUGUUGGGCAAGGAGGUCUCCAAGGAACUCUGCGAUCCAGGCUACUGGUUGGGCCACGAUGAAGCCAAGCCCAUGCUCUUCCUUCAAGGCAUGGCACAACUCCGACAGCUUGGAUGUGAUGCCUUUGUGGAGAUUGGGCCACAGCCUAUUUUGGUGAAGAUGGGCCGACGCUGUGUGGCUGAUGAGGUGAGUGGGGCUGUUCCAAAGUGUUGGGGGCUGCCACAGGCGAAGGAGCUCCAGUGGCUGGCAAGCUUGCAACCAGGGCGUGAUGAGGUGGAGAGCAUCUUGAUCUGCUCGCGUGCACUGGGCGUCGCCUUCUCCCAACCUUCGGAGUUGGUGUCCCCGGUGUCACUGCCGUGGCGAAAACCUCUGCUGCAUCCUUUGCUGGGCCGAGAGAUCUCGGAGAAUUUGUUCGAGGCUUCAGAGGCGGUGACCGACUUGGAAGGUCAACAGAUGCAACUUUUCAAACAACAUCAAGUCUUCGAUCGUGUCGUGCUGCCGGGUGCCAGCCAUCUGUUGCUGGCCACGGCAGCGCAUCUUCGACUCAAUGAGAACGCGUCCGCAUUGGAGCUGACGGAUACGAUCUUUGAGUGCCGUGGAGCAUGGUUGCCCUUCGUCAUCGAGGCACCUCUCAAGGUGCAAUGCUACGCCAGCGCGGAGCGCACGGAAGUCCUAAGCCGCGCCGUGGACGACGACAGCAGUGCCACGGUGCACGCGCGCGUCGGUGGGGUGCGCCCUGUGGUGCCGGAGAGGGCGGAUGAGGAGCGACUUCAGAGGUGGCGACAACUCUGUGCCGAGGGCAAGACCUUGGAAGAUCUCCAAGAGCUUUACAAAAGCUUCCAGGACCGGGGGCUGAGCUAUGGCGAAUCUUUCCAGACCUUGACCAGCGAGACCGUCUUCAGCGACCAGGGGGCCUUGGCCAAGUUGUGCAACCCUUGCGUCAGCACCUGGGAGAAAUCCCUUCAGCUUUUGCAUCCAGCAGUCCUGGAUGGUGCACUGCAACUGCUGGUCGAGUGUGCCUCCCGAGGAGCCAACGGCACGACCUUCCUGCCCUUCGCCGUGCGCCGGGCGGUGAUCGCGGCGCAGUGCCCUGUGGGCGAACUCUGGGCUGGCGUCAUGGUUCAGGAGCGCUCAGAUACCUCUCUGGUUGCUGAUGUGGAGGUCUUCACGGCCGCUGGACUCUUGGCCGCCCGUCUGGAGGGUGCCAGCUGCCGGAAGGCAGAAGCCUCGCAGGAGCGAGAUGCGUCGGAUGACUGCUUGUAUGAUGUGGAAUGGAAGGAUGUCAACAUCGUUGGUGACUCGGAAGAUGCCGCCAAGAACGUGAUGGAUGGCGCUUUCAUGGUGAUUUGCAAAGAAGGAGAACGUGGAGCUCAACUGGCCAAGCAUUUGGGUUGGCCCUCAGAAAGCCGUGUCGUUUCUUUGGCCGAGGGCAUCUCCAAUCUUUCUUCCAUCAAGGAUGGCUCCAUCGCCUUCGACGCCGCUGGCGACCAGCUGACAGCUCUGGGCGACGCCCUGGAGCUGCUCCAAGCGGCGAUCAAAGCGACCGAGGCGCCCAGGAUCCUGCUGUGCACCGGCGGAGCACAAGGCGCUGAAAUGACGAAGACCAAGCACGAUCCAGAACAUGCAGGACUUUGGGGCUUGGCUCGAUCUGCCAGAAUGGAGCAGCCAGACUUGCAGGUCACUUGCGUGGACCUGAAUGGUCAUGACUGGAUGGCCAGCACCGGCACCCCUGUGGCGCCCUGGGAAAGCGUGGAGAAUGACUUGGCACAGCGAGGUGAUUCGGUUCUGGCCGCACGGCUGGCGCGCAGUGCCUCCGCCCCCACCAGGCCGCAGCGGCUGCACAUGCCGCGGCGCGGGAGUUUGACCAACUUGAGGGCCUUGCCUCAGAGCAAGCGACCCACGCUGAAGCCCGGUGAAGUUGAAGUCCGGGUGGAAGCGAUCGGAUUGAACUUCCGUGAUGUGCUCAAUGUGAUGGGAAUGUAUCCAGGUGAUCCUGGAGAUCCAGGUCUGGACUGCUCGGGCACUGUUGUCAAUGUGGAAGCUGGCAAAAACAAAGGUGGCCUGCGCUGCGGCGACGACGCCUUUGGAAUCGUUUGGGGCUGCUUGAAGACCUACGCCACCACCCCCUGGCAGCUGCUGGUGCCUCGCCCCGGCAGCACGUCUGCCAGUGCUGCCGCGGCGCUGCCCACGGUGUACACCACGGUGGAUGUGGCCUUCGCGGAACUGGCGAAGCUGAAGAAGGGAGAGAAGGUGCUCAUCCAUGCAGCCACUGGCGGUGUUGGCCUUGUCGCGGUGCAAUACGCGCAGCGCUUGGGUGCUGAGGUGUACACCACGGCUGGACGUGAAGAGAAGCGACAGUAUUUGCGUGAUUUGGGUGUGAAGUACAUCACCUCUUCGCGCAAUGGCGAAGAGUUUGAGAAGGAGAUGAAGGAAUUCCUAAAGGGCAGCGAUGGUAUCCACGUGGUGCUUAACAGCUUGAGCCACGACAACUUCAUUGGACGCAGCUUGGGGCUGUUGGCCAAAGGUGGCCGCUUUGUGGAGAUUGGCAAGCGUGAUGUGUGGAGUGUUGAGGAGGUGGCCAAAUUCCGCUCCGAUGUGAAAUACUACCCUCUGGCCAUUGAUGGCGUCUGCGAGAACGAACCCGAUCGCUAUCAGGGCUUGUUGAAGCGACUGGAGAAGGAUUUGCAAGGCAGUUGGAAGCCGCUCGAGGCCACUGAGUUCGAAGGCCUGGCGAAAGGCGUGGAGGCCCUGCAGUUCCUGCAGAGGGCGCAGCAGAUCGGCAAGGUGGUUCUCACGGUUCCCCGGCGUAUGGCUUUGUUGGCGGAUGCCAGCUACCUGCUGAGCGGUGGCAUGGGAGCCCUAGGACUGGUCACAGCACAGGCGCUCGCAGAGGAGGGUGCCAAGAGUCUACUGUUGAUGUCAAGGAGCGGCCGCCCUGGUGCUGAAGUGCAAAGCCAAUGGACCUGGCUUCAGAACUCCCCCUUGCAGGUCAUGGCCUGGGCCUGCGACGUCAGCAGCGCCUCUAGCAGCGACUUGAAGAAGCGGCUCGGUGCCAAGGCGCCCACGGAGGGCCCACGCAAGAACUGCCCAGUGCGGGGCAUUUUGCAUUUGGCUGGAGUUUUGGAUGAUGCCAUGCUACCGCAGCUCACUCGUUCCCUGGCUUGGAAGCGGACUGUCGUCAGCUUGGCCUGGACGCCAGUUCAACUUCUUUGUUCGACAACUCUUCUCCUAGGUCCGCACUUGGAACGUGCCUAUGGGGCAAAGGUGAUGGGAGCCAAGAACUUGUAUGCCGCAGCCAACUUGGAGUCCUUGGACUUCUUCGCGCUCUAUUCCUCCACGGCGGCGCUCUUUGGAGCUGCAGGUCAGGGAAACUAUGCAGCUGCCAACACCUGCCUGGAUGCCUUGGCGCAUCAUUGGCAUUUGCACGGCCUCAAUGCUAUGAGUGUCCAGUGGGGCCCGUGGUUAGAGGUUGGCAUGGCUGCACCCUGGCGAGAGAUUUUGGGCGGUGGGAUGGCACAAAACAACUCCUUCUCGCGAUUGAAGAUCAAUGGCAUUAGCAACGAGUUGGGCAUGUCGGUGUUGUCCACCGCACUGCGGGGAGAGUCGUUGAACAGCCGACUGGGCUGCGCUCCCGUGCAGUGGGUCGGCUUCUUGAAGCAGUUCCCACGCGGUGCGCCCAAAUACUUCAAGGACUUCCAAGGUGCCGGUGCUGCGCGCGCGCAAGCGCAGAGCUCCGAGGUGGUCACGCUGAGCCCCGAGGCAGUCAGUGGUUGGGUCAGCUCCGUCGCUGCUGAUGUCAUCGGUUCCGCCGUAGAGGUGGACGAACCCUUGAUGGCUGCGGGCAUGGACCGGGGCACGGACUCUUUGUCCUCGGUGGAGUUCCGGAAUCGUUUGACCGCCGAGGCAGGCGCAGGCAUCAAAUUCCCGAACACCUUGAUGUUUGAUCAUCCCACCCUUCGCGCCAUCACUGACCUUGUCCAGUCGCAGAUCCAAUCCGCUACACAGCCGCUGGCAGCGCCAGCAGGGCGCAGCUCUGCAAUUGCUGCCGGACCAGGCAGCAGCGUUGUGAGCUGCAAGGGCAUCGCUUGUCACUUCCCUGGCGGUGAAGGUCUGGAGAUCUGGUCCAAGUGGCUCCAACGUCACGAUGCCAUCACUGAGAUACCUUACACGCGCUUUGACCUUCAAGAAUUUUUUGAUCCUGACAUGGAGGCCCUGGGCAACGUGAUGUACGCACGCCAUGGCGGCUUCAUCGAGGGAGCUGAGAUGUUCGACAGCGGCUUCUUUGGCAUGUCGGCUGCAGAGGCCAAGACCAUCGACCCCCAGCAACGCUUGGCACUGGAGAUGUCCUAUGCUGCCUGCCACCACGCGGGGCGCGCCAAACAGGCACUCCUGGGUUCGGACACCGGUGUCUUCGUGGGCCAAUGCAACAACGACUGGGCCAAGUUUUCCCGGGAACGUGCGGCCAACCCCUACACCGGACCUGGCACGCACGCGUCCAUCUCCUCCAAUCGUAUCUCCUACUCCCUGGGCCUGCGGGGUGCGUCAGCCUCGGUAGACACGGCCUGCAGCUCGUCCCUGGUGGCUUUGCACAUCGCGUGCAAGGAGCUGGGCCUGGGCAUGAUGGCCGCGCUGUGCACGGGUGUGCAGCUGAAUCUCAUUGCAGAGCCCUUCGUGGCGUUCUCCAAGGCGCGAAUGCUGUCCCCAGAUGGUCGAUGCAAGACCUUCGAUGCAAGCGCUAACGGCUAUGUGAGAGGUGAGGGUUCUGGCUCUGCCCUGUUGGAACUGGGCACCCAGGGUGCCUUGCCAUUGGUAGCAGCCACAGCCUCCAACCAGGAUGGACGCAGCUCUACGCUGACGGCGCCCAACGGUCCGGCGCAGCAGGAGGUCAUUCGCAAGGCCCUUGCCUUGGCUCAGCUCACUGGUCCACAGCUGCGCCUGGUGGAGUGCCACGGCACCGGGACCGCCUUGGGAGAUCCCAUCGAAACGGGAGCGUUGAAGGCGACCUUGGCACAAGGGCGUUCCAUGCCGGUGAUGCUGGCCACAGUGAAAACCAACAUCGGACAUUUAGAGGGUGCAGCUGGAGUUGCUGGCUUGGUGAAGUCCCUUUUGGCCCUGAAACACCGACAAGUGCCACCGAAUGUGCACUUCUCAAAAUUGAAUCCCACCAUCGAUUUGGAGGAUUUCGCUGCAGAGAUUCCAAUCACCACAACAGCACUCUCUGGCAGCAUGCUAUCGUCAGGUCUUUCCUCGUUCGGCUUCGGUGGCACCAAUGCGCAUGUGACCUGCAAGAGUAGCGAGGAAGUGGUGGAAACGAAGGUCGGAAGCAAGAAGCGAGCCGCCUUCCUUUUCACAGGGCAAGGGUCACAGCGAAUCGGCAUGGGCAAAGAGCUGUAUGCCACAGAGGAGUCCUUCCGGAGCGCCCUGGAUGCGUGCGCCGAGAUGUUGGAUCCACUGUUGGAGAAGCCUUUGCUGGAUGUCCUCUUCAAGGAGGAGCACCAAGAACUCUUGGACCUGACCAAGUAUUCGCAGCCGGCCAUUUUUUCCAUCGAGUAUGCCCUGUCGGAGAUGUGGAAGGACAAGGGCAUUGAGCCAGUGGCGGUGCUGGGACACAGCGUUGGCGAAUACGCCGCGGCCGUGUGCUGCGGCGUCCUCGCGUUGGAGGACGCCGUGCGCCUUGUGUCGGCGCGCGGGCAGCUGAUCGCCGACAGCUGUGCGCCACAGGUGGGUGGCAUGACGGCCUGUUUUGCACCCGAGGAGGACGGCAGCGUUAGUUGGGGCCCAUGCAGUUGUGGGUUGAAGCCAGAAUCCACAGCACACUGCCUGAUCUGUGUAACUCCGGAAGUCCAACAUCCCCACAUCGUGGCGCAGGAUGUGCUGAAAGCCAUCGCUUCUGUGAAGGAAGGACAGGCUGAGGUGUCAGUGGGUGCAGUGAAUGGCCCCAAGAUGACGGUGGUCUCAGGUCGCCAAGAUUUGGUGGAUGCAGUCGUGAAGGCUACUGGAGCUGGCAACAAGGCCCUGAACGUCUCCCAUGCUUUCCAUUCGUCGCUGAUGAACCCCAUGCUGGAAGCUUUCCGGAAAGAGGCCUCCACGGUGGCCUUGUCGCCUCCCAAAGAUGGGGUGCGCUUCAUCUCGACGGUCACGGGCAAGGAGGAGACCGAGGCCCUGACCGAGGCGGAGUACUGGGUCCGCCACGUGGCGCAGACCGUGCGCUUCUUCGAUGCCAUGAAGGGACUGGAGAACCUGGAGCUUGAUGCCUUUUUGGAGGUGGGCCCUGAACCCACCCUGGUGAAGAUGGGCAAGCGUUGUGUCAGCGGCAAAGCGGCACAGAAGGAGUGGCCAUGGCUUCACUCUAUGGAGCCCGGCCAAGAUGAAACUGCCAGUGUCUCCACUGCCCUGGUGAUGUUGCAGGGCGGCCUGGCACCUUUGGCUUUCAAGCGUCAAGCCUUCCCCUGGCGGGAUGCGGGGCCACGGCUGCUGCGCAAAAAGAGCGAAGCGAAGGGCGAGGUGUACUUCGACGUUCCCGUGCGUGCCGAUGUCUUUGCCGUGGCCGCCGAACACGUGGUCUACAACGAGAUCGUUGUGCCAGGAGUGGUCUUCGUGGAGAUGGCCAUGGAGGCUGCCAGACAGCACCUGGGCCCAGAGGCGCAGCUGCGCGACGUGCAGAUGGUGUGGCCCUUCGUGGUGCCUAAGGAUGGAGACAGUGAUGCCAAGCAGAUGAUGAUGCGCUUGGCAAUCAUUGGCAACAAGCGCUUCGAGCUCCGCUCACAGGGCGCGGGGGACGACGCCUGGACCACGCACUGCGAGGGCAAGGUGGAGUCCAGCGGCGGCGGCGCACGGGCGGCGGAGGAAGUGAAUCCACAGCUGUCCUUGUCGGCGUGCGCCUCGCGAUGUCCGGAACAAGUUGACCCAAAGAAGUUGUAUCCCUUGGUGGACAGCACCGGACUUUGGCUGGGACCGAAAUUCCAGGUCUGCUACGACAUGCGUCGCAAUCCCGAUGAAAUCUCGUGCCGCAUGAAGCUGAACUCUGACGUUCCAAACCAAGGAUACAUCAUCCAUCCAUCUCUCUUCGAUGGUACCAUCCACGCGGUCUGUGCCACGAUGUUUGAUCAAGACCCGCCCUUCCUGAAGAUCUUCGCGGGCGUUGGCAAGGUCACUGUGGUCACCAAGGAGGCACCCAAAGAUGAGGCCGUGAUUCUGCAUUUGAGCAUCAACGAGAAGACUGAUCAGCACCUUGGACUGGGACCUAACAUUGCCUUCAGAGGCGGCAUGAAGGUGGGCUUUUUUAGGCAGCAAAUCUUCACCUGUCAAGUCUUCACCGAGCAGGGCGCUCUUCUGUGGCGCCUGGAAGAUGUCAUCUUCCGUAAGGUCUUACCAGAGCAGAUCCAGAAAGCUUUGGCGGCCACCAAGGCGAAGGAUGCCGUGAGUUACUUCGAGACCACCUGGAAAGACUUCCCGGAGACGGUCGAGGUGGAGGAGCAAGCCUUGUUGCCCACCACUGCGGAGGGGCGAUGGCUCUUCCAGGCCGAUGCUCCACUGGUGAAAGCCUUGAAAGAAGACUUGGGUGAUCACCAUGCCUACCUGGAGCCUGGAAAGGAGGAGGACCUGACUGGCUUCGAGCGGGUAAUCUAUGUGCCCACGGCCAAGGAGAAACCCAUGGAGGUCCUUUGCCAUGGCUUGAACUUGAUCCAGAAGGCCCAAAGAGCAGAUUCCCCACCAGAAGUGUGGUUCGUGCUGCGCGGAACACAGGCGAGCGAGGCUUCAGCCCUGAAGGGCCAGGAUGUGCCGCUGCACGCGGGCCUGUGGGGCCUGGCCCGGUGUCUGCGCUUGGAGGUGCCCAAUGCGGUUUGCGGCUGCGUGGACCUGGGAAGUGACAUGCCUAAGGACGCCCCGGCUGCAGAGGUGCUGAAGAGGCUGCAUUCGCUGAAGACCCGCCGCAGCGGGAAGGAUGCAGUGGAAGUGGAACCGGAGCUUUUGCUGAGCAAAAACUUGUUGGUUUCGCGACUGGAAGAGACGACCAGCAAAUUCCAAGAGGUGGAUCUUGAGAGCUACAGUUUGGAGGAUGGCAGCUACGGCGUCACCGGCGGCACGGCCGGGCUGGGGCUGCUCUUCGCGGCCUUCUUCGCGGAGAGAGGUGCCACGCAUCUGGGGCUCAUUUCGCGCAGUGGCAAGGUGGCACAGGACCCCGCGUCCUUGGCUACCUACGAACGCUUGACGCAGACGAAGGCUGCCGUGUCGCUGAAGGCGUGCGACAGCGCAGUGCCAGAGGCGGUGACAAACUGCUUGAAGGAUUUGCUGCUUGACUGCAAAGACGAGGGCAGGACAUCGCAGAAGCCCUUGAAGGGUCUGCUGCAUGCUGCCGGUGCCAGGGAGGUCCUGGAUGAUCAUCUCAUUAUGGACCUUCAGCCUUCGCACUUUGUGCCUGUUCUGAAGCCCAAGAUCGACGGCACACUGAACCUGCACAAUGCAUUGAAGGAGUUGGGCUUGGAGGGCGAUAACAAGGUGAACAUGUUCGCGCUCUUUUCCUCUGUGGCUGCCAUGCUGGGAUCUCCUGGACAGGCGAACUAUUGCUCUGCAAACACCUUCCUGGAUGCCUUUGCGUUGCACCGCCGCGGUCAAGGCCUCCCUGCUGUCUCAGUGCAAUGGGGCCCCUGGGCGGAAGUUGGCAUGGCGGCUCGGGCUGGCACCACUGAGAGCGGUGGAUAUUUGCGCUUGGACCCCACUGCCAGCCUGCAGGCUAUGGCGGCCAUCCUGUCACUGCCCAACACCGCUCUGGUGGGUGUGGCGCGCCUCAAUUGGUCUGCCUUCUUGGCGGCCCAGCCCAAGGUGCCUUGCUUCCUGGAGAACUUCCAGCAUCACAAGAAAUCCUCAGGAGUCAAGAUGAGUGGUGGUGUGCCCAAGGACUUGGUGAACUCAACCAUCAUCAACGUUCUCUGCGACGUCUUAGGUGAUCCAGACCUCUCGGAUUUCUCCGUGCCAUUGAUGGACAUGGGGCUGGAUUCCUUGUCGGCUGUGGAGUUCAGGAAUCGUGUGCAGGCCUCUUUUGAUGGCCUCCACUUGGCAUCCACAGUGAUGUUCGACUACCCCACGGUGGCGGACUUGACCGACUUCAUCGUGGCCCAGUUCAGCGAGGGCGAGGAUGACGCGGAAGGGGUCCUGGGAGGUGUGAGGGAUCUGAAUGCCAACGAGCCAAUGGCGACCAUCGGCAUGGCUGCGCGAUUCCCAGGAUGUCAUGGGAACGGAUCGAAUGAGAACCUUGGCACGACGUUGGGCACGGUGGGCCGCAGGAAGUAUUGGGCCAUGAUUUGCGCUGGCCUUGAUAUGAUCACUCCCGUGCCCAUCGAGCGUUGGGACAACGAGCUCUACUACGACCCUGACACCUCAGCGCCUGGAAAGAUGUACGCACGCUUCGGCGGCUUCAUCUUUGGCCUGGAGGGCUUUGACAACAAGAUGUUUGGCAUCGCAGAAGCAGAAGCUCAAGCCAUGGAUCCGCACCAGCGAAUCCUGUUGGAAGUGGCCUAUGAAUCCUUCUGGAAUGGCGGCCUGGACAAGGAGCAGCUCUCCAACUCCAACACUGGAUGCUAUGUGGGCUGCGCCACCUUGGGUGGCAUCUCCGUGCAGGACCAGGAUAUUGGACCUUUCACGAACAUCGGCUCCUUUCCAUCCGGGAACUCGGGCCGUGUCUCGCAUGCUCUGGGUCUUCGAGGGCCAUGCUUCACCAUCGACACCGCUUGCUCGUCCACUCUUGUGGCCUUGGACUGUGCGGCACAAGCCAAGCGCCUGGGGAAGUGCGAUCGAUCUGUGGUUGCUGGCAGCAACUUGCAGUUGUGCCCAAACACCUGGGUGGGUUUCUGCAAGAUGGGCCUGGCCUUGUCUCCUGAUGGCAGAUGUAAGACCUUCGAUGAAUCGGCCAAUGGCUUCACCCGUGCGGAUGGCGCUGGAUCCAUCGUGCUGGAGUUGGCCGGUGAGGCUCAAAAGAAUGGAAAGCAAGAGCUGGCCAUGGCCCUCGGAGUCUGUGUGAAUCAGGACGGUCGCUCGGCGACCAUUACAGCUCCCAGUGGCCCGGCGCAGCAGCGGUGUAUCAAUGCCUCGCUGCAGGAAGCCUCAGCCAAGGGUCUGGAGAUCUCCAUGGUGGAAGUGCACGGCACAGGAACUGCUUUGGGAGAUCCCAUUGAGGUUGGUGGCAUGAAGAGCACCCUGGGCAAGGGACGUUUGGACGAGAAUCCCCUGGUGCUUGCUGCCACCAAGUCCAUCAUUGGUCACACCGAGGGUUCUGCUGGUGUGGCAGGCCUUAUCAAGAUGAUUGCGGAGUUCAACCACAGGGUGGUGCCCAAGAACCUGCACUUGAAGAAGAUGAAUCCGAAUAUUGACCUCACGGAUUUCCCUGUCAUUAUGCCUGGCAGCAUCAUCGAUUGGACCACCACGCGUGCGAUGGCCGGCACCUCAUCGUUCGGCUUCUCGGGCACCAACAGUCACGGAACGUUGGAAGCACCGAAGAACGGUGAGGGAAGAGACGUGCCCUUGGAACGUGUGGAGAAGCUCAAGUGGAAUCGCACCACACAUCGAAUGUAUCACGAAUGGUCUCAGGGCUACUGGUUCUCCACAGAGCUUUGGCAAGCCAAAGAUCUGCUGGAGUGGCGACCUUCACCACUGGGUGAGCAGAACUUGCCGGAGGCACUACCUUGCCUUGUGAUUGGGGGUGACGCUCUCGGUCCAGCUUUGCAGAAGCUGCUGGGAGAGGAAAGCCAGUGUGUGGCAGCAGGUGAAGGGGCAGCAGCAUUGAGUGCUGGCAGUUUCAAAUCCGUGGUCUUCUUGGAAUCGACCCAUGCGGCCGAUGCCACCCUGGAGGGGCCCACCUUGGCGCACCUGCUGGAGCUGUGUCAGGCCAUGGCAGAUAUGAAUCGUCUGCGACUCGUGGUGGUCACAGCCGGCGCACAGGAGGCCGAAGGCGCCCCAUCUUCCGCCAUGGCGGUGGGUUUGCUGGGUGCUGCGGUCUGCGGCUUCAUGCGCUCCAUGCCCUUAGAGGCGGCCCAGCUGAAGACUCAGGUGCUGGAUCUGCCGAGCUCUUUCGCCUCAUCCCUGGACAGCUGGGCCCAGAAGUUGUCUGAAGAGUUGGCCUGCCAGGACCUUGAAUCGGAGGUGGCCUUCCGCGGCGAGCAAAGGCAGGUCCCACGCUUGGCGCGCUUUGUGCUGAAGCCUGGGGUCACUCUUCUGGAUGACUUCGAAUCCACUCAGCUGGUCACUGGCGGCCUGGGAGGUUUGGGCUUGGUGACCGCCUCGGCACUUUGUGAUUUGGGUGCCCGCAGUGUCCUCCUCUGCUCGCGUCGUGGGCAAGUGGCAGCUGGCGAUGAGGUUGCACAGCAGCAGUUGGAGGAGUUGAAAGCCAGGCCUGGUGUGAAGGUCACGGCUUGGGCCUGUGACGUCAGCGAGGCGGCCAGCGUGACAAGCCUUGUGAAGCGCGUGAAGGAUGAGCUGCCAGAGAAUCCGCUGGGUGGAAUUGCGCACGCAGCUGGCAUCAUCGACUUUGUUGAGUUGAAAUCUCAGACGGCUGAGCGAAUGGGCAAGGUCUUUAAGCCCAAGGUGGGAGGCGCCUGGCACUUGCACGAAGCAACCCAGGAGGCAUCGCUGAAGUCCUUCCUGGGCUUCUCGUCGGUCUCUGCGUUGAUCGGCCUCUCUCGGGGCACCAGCUACUCUGCUUCCAAUGCCUACUUAGAUGGCUUGAGUCUCUGGCGAACGGCCUCCAAUCAGCCCUUCUGCAGCGUGCAGUGGGGUCCUGUUGCCGAAGUUGGAAUGGCCAGCAAGGACCAUGCAGGGCAGGCGGAUUCCGCCUUGAAGCUUCUGCCACCGGGCCAUGUGAAGGCUGCUGUGAAGCUGGCCCUCACAGGUUUCGACCAUAAGCCCUGGCCGGUGGCGGCGCUCUGCUUCGCUAAGGUGGAGUGGGGCCGCUUCCUACGUGAACUGGGUGCGGAGAUUCCCGUGCUGCAAGACUUUGCGGGAGAAGAGGAGGAAGGCGUAUCCGGUGGUGCCAAGGGUCCCACAGUGCCUGCGGCUUUGAGGGGCUUGGAUGCUCCAGAACUGGAGACGAAGAUUGGGCAGAUGGUUCAAGGCAUUGCCAUGGGCAUCUUGGGCGUGGAUGACCUCAGUGGAGACGCACCACUGAUGGAAGCCGGGCUGGAUUCCCUGUCAUCAGUGGACUUCCGCAACUCGGUGGCCAAAGAACUGCCCAGAGUGAAGUUGCCCAGCACCUUGAUGUUUGACCACCCGACCACGAAAGCGAUUGCCACCUUCGCGGCUGAACAACUGGGUACCGUGGUCAGCGCAAUGUCCGACGCUCCCGUGGCGGUGAAGCCUAGAGUCCGUGCCAUGGCGGCUGCCCCGGCCGCGGCCGCCGAUAGCCGCGCCGCCGUGGCGGUCACGGGGGCGGCGUGUCGCUUCCCGCUGGAGGGAACGACGCCGGCGGAGAUGUGGGAACAGCUGGUGGGGAAGACCGAUGGCAUUGUGGAGAUUCCAUUGGAACGAUGGGACGUGGAUGCGUACUACGAUGAAGAUGCUGAGGCUCCUGGCAUGAUGACGGUGCGCCAUGGCGGCUUCAUCAAGGAUGCGGACCGCUUCGACGCGAGCUUCUUCGGGUUGAGCCCCGCGGAGUCGAAGGUCAUGGAUCCACAGCAGCGGCUGCUGUUGGAGGUCAUCUACCAAUCCUUCCACGCCUCAGGGAAGCCCUGGGGUGCCUUGUCCAACCUUGAUGCCAGCGUCUGUGUGGGCCAGUGCAACAACGACUGGGGCCACAUGGGCUUCAGCGGUUCCGCGGAGUCCUCCGAGAGGAUUGGAGCCUAUACUGGGCUGGCGGUUUCAACGUCAAUUUCAUCCAACCGAGUGUCCUACCUGUUGGGACUCAAGGGUCCGUCCGCCACCGUGGACACUGCCUGCUCAUCAUCCCUGGUGGCAGUGGACAUCGUAGUCUCCAACCUUCGACGCGGGCGGUCAUCUGCAGGGGCCUCUUCAGGCGUCAAUCUCUGUUUGAUUCCAGGGCCAUUCGUGGCAUGCAGCAAGGCACAUAUGCUCUCAGAGGACGGCCGCUGCAAGACCUUUGAUGCCUCGGCCAACGGCUACGUGCGCGGCGAAGGCUGCGGCUCCGCCAUUCUGACGCUUCUGGAGCCCGGGCGACGAGUGGGGGGAGGUCGGCAUGAAAUAACGACCAUUGGGGAAUUUCAUGAAGGUUAA